AUGGAAAACAUUCAAGACAUGCAGACCGAAUAUUACUUUGCUGCCAUGAAUCAACAACACCAACAAAAAGCAGCAGCACAACAUUUCAGUGAUUUAGUAACGGGCGCGGGAAAUCACCAAGCAGCCGAACAAGCGGCCGUAGCAGCAGCGACCGUUUACUUUCUCGACAACCAGAACAAUAUAGACCCUUUCGACCCAAAUUUCUUCUUAAUUGCCGCUAACGCUCACUCGUAUACUCCGUCAUACGGAUCUCCGCAAUCGUCAAUUUACGAAUCGAUUGAUUCGUCAGAUUACGAUAUUUCGGAUGGAUAUUCAUCCGCCGGUGGUAGUUCGGGAUUGUCGAGCCCUCAUCUGCCUACGGAUAUUGUGUUCGAGGAGGAGAGUUUGAGACGAAAUUCAUUGGGUGAUUUGAGUGAUGAAGAAAUUAUUUACGCGAUUCAAAGUGGAUUCAAUUCAAAUGCCGCUGCCACCAACAACCCCACCACCACUACCGACAAUACAACGUCGUAUAACGAUUUUAGUCAACAACAAUUUGAACACCCCACGGUGUCGACUACAAUGUCAACGAUUAAAAUGGAAAAUCCAUAUCGUAGAUCAUUAAAACUAGACACAAACAUUGCGACACUUGAUCUUUCAAAUGUCAGUGGCAUGAACGAUGAUAAUAAUGACAACAAUAGCAAUGAGUUCGACAUAAGUCAAUUAUCACCAUCAACAUUGGCUCAAUGCUUGGUCAACGAUGAUAAUAAUUCCAACACUAAUAAUGUGAACAAUGGUGGAGUAAGCGGAGCAGGUCCAAUGUUUAGCUUUAUACCUGCCACGCCAAUUACGCCGACAAAAGCUCAGGCUAUCGCUGAUAGUGUAUAUGGAGUCUUAUCACCACCACCACCACAACUAAUAUCCAUAGACGAAGAAUCAAUCGUGACGUCACAGUCGUCGGAAGUAGAUAAUGACUCUAUCUCUAAAUCGAUAAGUUCACGUAACACAAAUAUUCCCGCCUCACACAUCGCCAAAUCGACUACUGCACACAGCCACCCACAAAACUUAAGUAGCAGCAUUGUAACUUCUACUGUCUCCACAACUCCAACUCAUCAGCAUCGGAGUCAUCGUAAGGCACUACCACAAGAGAUGGCAGAAAGACUUCACACAAUGAACCUAGCACCGCCAAAACCUCAAAGAAAAUCAAAAACAAGUGCACCAUUCCACUGUCCUUACGAGGAUUGCACCAAAACAUUCACACGUCAAUACAACUUAAAGUCUCACUUACGCACACACACAGACGAACGACCCUUCCUUUGCGGUUUCCAAGGCUGCACAAGAGCAUUCGCACGGCAACACGAUCGUAAACGACACUACAACCUACAUUUGGGCUUCAAACCUCAUGUGUGUGCUCAUUGUGGACGUGCCUUCGCAAGGUUGGAUGCUCUGAAUAGGCAUUUAAGGUCGGAUAGUGGUGCUCCUUGUGCACAGGCUACUCUACCUAACGGAGGUGAAAAGAAAUUCAAGCCAGUCAACAUGUAA